CACUGAGGAAAUUGAGAAAUGCGAAAUGGUCUUGGACGACGCCAAAACCACGUCUGGACGACGCCAAAACCAUAGCAGGAACAAGGAGUCACCACAGUUUUGUUCCAGUCAGUUCUGAUUCUCUGCAAAUCUGGCGAAUUUCAGCAGAUGUGGAUGGAACAUCCGUUAAAGUAACAAGUUUGUCUCAGGCACAAGCAUCUCAAUCGUUCACACAUGGUCAGUAUUUAGCAGCAGUUUACGACAAAGCCUGGUACCUGGGUGUCGCAGAAGAUAUAUCGCACGAAAAUGAAGACGUCCUCGUAAACUUUAUGAGAUCUCGUAAUCCCGGCACUACAAUCCACUCGUUCGUAUGGGCAUCAACGCGAGAUGAAUGUUGGAUUCCUUUUGAGCAUGUGCUAUGUACCGUGCAAGAGCCGUUGCAGAUCACAAAGGGUCGAAUCAAACAAUACAAACUUAACAGUCCAGCAAUUGAGAUGAUUGAAGACAGCUUUAACAAAUUUUUAGAUGGUUACUACAAUUGUCCGUGA